AUGCGCGCUAUUUUUCGAUGGAAUAGCAUCAGGUUUAACAUUGGAACCAGUGCUACAGGGACAUGUAAUGAUGCUCUAACAGCAUCUUGUGUUGGUGAUCUAUCAGCUCAAUCUCAAUCUCAAUCUCAGAUGGCCAAAAUUUUGACGAGCACGUCAAAUGCUCGGACCGAAACAGAUAUUUGCAAUGCAUUACAGUCAGCCCUCAAAUGUCAAGCUCCGACAUCUUGUACCGCGGCAAAGGAUGGUAGCUGGGGAGAUGUUGUUGCACAAGGAUUGAGAUCCCCAAUUUCUCCACCAAGCACACCCAAAUCGCCCGAUUGUAUCCCAACGACUGGGGAGAAUUAUGAGUUAUCUUUAGUCCACAAUACCACAUCCUCGAGUAUAGUGGAUGUUUCUCACUUCGCGUUACUUUCAGACCUUGCCAAGGGCGAGUUCUAUGAUGGCAUCACCCCAAUCCUCACAGUUUUAUGGAACACAUCCAGUCUUAAUGAUACCUCGUCUAUUAUCGCCAGUGCAGAAUCGCAUUUGAGUUGUUUGAAAGUGGUGGAAAGUGCGAAUGGGGAGGUUGGGGGAGACACUUCUUCACCUCCUAUAUCUGCAUGCUCAAUUAUGGGUUUGAUACCAGACUUGAGCGUCACCAUCAGCUUCUUUUUGAAAGCAAGAGGUCGUCGCUAG